CGCCGACCGGCCCGACGCCACCCGGCGGCCACCCGCCUCGUCCCGGUCACCUGCCCGCAGUUCCUUUGAAAGGCGGCGGGAGGCGACGAUCGCUAUGGCGAACCUGGGUCGCCUGCUCUGCGUGAUGUGCCUGUUCUGGUGCGGUGCGGGGAGCCUGGAGAACUCGGUUCUCCCGUUCAACACCGCCUCCAAGAAGCCCAUCAUCGGGAUACUAAUGCAAAGAUGCCAUCAUAAGGCCAUGAAAAAACUUGGGAACUACUAUAUUGCUGCAUCCUAUGUAAAGUAUUUGGAGUCUGCAGGUGCAAGAGUUGUACCAAUAAGAAUUGAUCUUAUGAAGGACGAGUAUGAAAAGAUUUUCAAAUCCAUUAAUGGGAUCCUUUUCCCCGGAGGAGGUGCUAACAUCAAGAGGUCAAAUUACUCUCACGUGUCCAAAAUAUUUUACAAGCUUGCCAUAGAGAGUUUUGAUGAUGGAGACUAUUUUCCUGUGUGGGGCACGUGUCUUGGAUUCGAAGAGCUUUCAUUUCUGACGAGUGGAGAGUUCUUAUUAACUCCCACAAAUACUACUGGGUUGAAACUGCCGCUGAACUUCACCGAAGCUAUAUUGCAGAGCAGAAUGUUUGAGAAUUUUCCUGCUGAAUUAUUGCUAUCAUUAGCAGUGGAGCCUUUGACAGCAAAUUUCCACAAGUGGAGUCUCUCGUUGAAGAAUUUUUCUAAGAAUGAAAAGUUAAGCAAGUUUUAUAAUGUAUUGACUACAAAUUCAGAUGGCAAGGUACAAUUUAUUUCAACAAUGGAAGCGUUUCAUUAUCCAAUAUAUGGUGUUCAGUGGCAUCCAGAGAAACCACCUUACGAGUGGAAGAAAUUAGACGGCAUUAGUCAUGCACCCAACGCUGUGAAGGCGGCAUUUUAUUUAGCAGAGUUCUUUGUUUCUGAAGCUCGGAAAAAUAAUCAUCAUUUUCCAUCUCCUGCUGAAGAGAGUAAAAACCUGAUUUAUCAGUUUCAUCCCACUUAUACUGGAAAUUUUUCUUCAUUUCAGCAAGUUUACUUAUUUAAUUGAAAGGCGUCAUUGCCCUAACAGUAAUUUUUAAUAAUUACAUAAUUAAAAUGUUAUAAUAACUUGUCACUCCUGGUAAUAAUAACCUCAGAGAGAUUCUUUUUCCAUGAUAUUGCUGGCUUGAUUCUUCAUUAAGUAUAUUUGACUAUACAUGUUACAAUGAGCGGGAUGAAGAAUAAUCAGUGUAUUACAUAAAAAAAAUUCUUUUAUCUGAAAAUAGAAAUAUAUUUCUAUUUCUAUACUAUUUCUAUUGAAAAUAAAAAUAUAUUAUUUUUUAAAUUCUAGAAAUAAGUAUGCUCCUCUA